AUGACCGCUACCGCCACCCUCGCUCCCACUGCCACCACUGGCCCCCUCGCGCCUCCUCCGGCCACCACUCUGUCGAUUGCCAACGACAACCAGGAGCAGCUCCUCGAGGACAUCAAGGCCCACAAUGUCGAGCCCCUCUGGACCAAGAUGACCAAGCUCAACCCGCCUACCCCGGCCCCCAAGGCCAUUGCUCACAAGUUUGAGUACGCCGCUCUGCGCCCUCACCUCAUCCGCGCCGGCGAGCUCGUGACUGAGAAGCAGGCCGAGCGCCGCGUCCUCAUGCUCAUCAACCCCGCAAUGGAGGCUCCCAACACCACCGACACCCUCUACGCUGGUCUCCAGCUUGUCAUGCCCGGCGAGACUGCCCCGGCCCACCGCCACACUGCCUUUGCCUGUCGCUUCAUCAUUGAGGGUAACGGUGGCUUCACUGCCGUCCACGGCCGUCGUAUCAAGAUGCACCGUGGCGACUUUAUCCUCACCCCCACCUGGUGCUACCACGACCACGGAAACGACUCGGCUGCCACUCCCAUGAUCUGGCUUGACGGUCUCGACCUCCCCCAGUUCCAGCACUACCCUGUCCACUUUGUCCAGCACUACAAGGACCCCCGCUACCCUGCCGAGGAUGCGCCCACCUCGCCCAUCGUCUUCCCCUGGGUCGACAUGCAGGCCGCUCUGGAUGCUACCAAGGGCAAGCAGGCCCACUCGAUUGUGCGCUACACCAGCCAGGAGCCCGGCCACGAGGGCGAGGAGGUGUCCAAGAUCAUUGGCGCCCAGUGCGAGCGUCUGGACGCAGGCGCCAAGACCGUCCCCGUCCAGGAGACCACGAGUGCAGUCUACCACUGCGUCGACGGCCAGGGCCGUACCAAGAUCGGAGACAAGGUCAUCGAGUGGGUCAAGGGUGACACCUUCACCGUCCCCAGCUGGCAGGAGUACACCCACGAGGCCGACGUCGACUCGUACCUCUACCGCUUCGACGACCGCCCCAUGAUCACCGCCCUGGGCUUCUACCGCAACGCCACCGAGGACUUUUACAACCAGGUCUAA